AUGCUCGGGUUCCAGUACGUCGUGGCCAAGUCGCGCGAGCUCUCGUCUGCGCUCGACCGUGAGCUUUCAGCCGUCAGUAACCGCUCCAUACCCUUUCGUAGCGUAUCUACCAGCUGCUCUGUUGAAACGGCGUUGCCAAACGACGCCGUUGCUGCUACAGAAGCUCCUGUAGCAUCCUCCGUCCGUCACGAAGGUCAUGCGUUUCUAAAUUCCCAGCACAAACGAUACGCUAAAGCAGUGCGUACCCACGAUCGAUUACUAAACCAGGGUCAAGCACUCGACGCUGCCUUGAGCUCUACGCGAGUGAAGUUGCAGACUGAAGCAGCCAGUGACCAAUACGUGACUCAGAACUUUCAUCUCGUGUCGAAAGUGCGGCAGCAACUCGCUCAAGUCCGGACUUUGGUGCUAAAAGUGGUCGAAGAGGUCGACCAAGUCGAGAGUUUGCUGAUGAAACGGUGUGAAGAGAGGGCAGCGUUACAGAAUGCAGAGGUUGCGGCCAAGCAGCAACAGGAGCUCGAGUGCUUUGAGGUGAGCAUUGCCGAGGAGUCGGAAGGUCGUAGACGGGAGUUGCUGGAGACGAGACGACAGCAGUUGGCCAGUGCUUUUGCCAACGAUCUCAGGACUUAUCAGACGCUCGUAGGUCAUCCCGAAGAUGCAGCAGGUGUGCCAAAGAGGUUGUUGCAAGACGAAGAGGAGACCGUGACGCUGGACGAAGUGGAUCUGGUCGUUUCGGCCGAUCCGGAUCAAUUGGAUGCGUUCUACGGCUCUGGCUCGGAACGGGAUGAAGAAGACUGUUUGGGUCCAAGAUGUGAUGCAUUUUUGGUGCUGCAAGAGCUGGCGGAAAGAGAAAAGGAUGAAGCGGAAAUGGACGCAGCAAAGAGGAAGGAGAUGGAUGCAGUCCAAGAGGGGCCUGCAUCGCAAGCGCCGUCGAUGGAUCAGCGGACUGAGAAAGUGAUGUGA